CAGAUACUUGCGAAUUUUAGUGAAAUAAGAAGAUACUCUCUCAAUUUUAUUUGUCACACACAAGAAAAAAUUGAUGAAAAAGUUGUAACAAAAGGAUAUAGUGAGAGAAUUCAAUUAAAUUCUAUCUCGAAAUUCGGAGUCGCCUUUUACAUAAAAUCAUGAAAAAUUAAGAAGAGGAAGAGAACUUUGAGAAGAAAGUUAUCUUUUGAGAAAUAUUUGAAGCCACAGUUUUAAUUUUAAACUACAAAGCUACAAAACUACAAAAAAGAAAAAGCUUUUAACAAUUCAGUUUUGAGAAGGAACUAAAAGGAAUGUUAAAGGCUUAAAAAUAUAGACUAUGAAUGAAAAUGACUUAAAAGUUUUUUUAUAUUUGUGUAUUGUUUCAACUAUGAAGAAAAAAGAUCUAAAAAAUUUUACCACAAUUUCAAGUUGAGAACAAGAGAUUUAAAACUGUUUGGUUUUUGAAAUUUGCAAUUUUAAUUUUAAAUAAAACUAGAUUUAUCUAUUUUUUAAAAAUUAUAAUAUUCCAAUCAUGCCACAUCCUUGCGUUGUGUGUGGCCGUUCUCGUAUGAAUCCCAACAAUCGUGCGGAGGAGUAUUUGUUUUUUGGAUUUCCAGUGAAUGACGAAGCUCGUUGCUGUCGUUGGUUAGAGUUUUGCGGUCGUGAAGACCUUUAUAAACUUACAAAAAAGCAGCUUCUUCAACGUAUGGUCUGUUCCAAGCAUUUUGAACCUCAAGCUUUCUUAAGUGAAUAUAUGGACCGUUUAAAUUCGUUUGCGGUUCCUUCGGUCUAUGAUCCUAAGCAAAGUUUAUACAAUAUAAUAUGUGUUCUUUGUGGGAGAACACGACUAGAUCCACCUCCACCAGGUUAUGAUGGAACGACAUUUCAUCAUUUUCCUGGAGAAGAAUUCCGCUGCCUCAAAUGGUUGGAUUUUGUUGGCGUGGAUUCUUAUUAUAGAUUAACAAGGAAGGAAAUUCUUUUCUGUUAUAUCUGUUCCAAACAUUUUGAUCGUUCACAAUUCAUGCCAGGAUUUAAAGGAAGAUUAAAAGAUAAUGCAGUUCCCAAUAUUCGUGAUCCAGACCAAUCGAGCCAAACAGGGCCAUUUACUACUGAGAUUCAAACUGAACCAAAGCUUUUCAGCCCUUUGGAUAAAAAUAAAAAGUUGGAACCAUUGCCUACUAAGGUAUUGGAAAGCCAAGCUUGUGCAGCUUGUGGCAGAUUAAAGUCCGAUCCGAAGAAUAAGAUUGAUCAUUACAGUUUUCAUCCAUUUCCGGCAUAUGAAAUAGGUCGAUGUUUGCGUUGGUGUCAAUUUUUAGGUCGGGAAGAUUUACUCAAGAUGUCUCCUAAUCAAAUACGCAAACUCGUGCUUUGUUCAAAACAUUUUCAAAUUGGUCAGAGAUUUGACAAAGCCGGUCCAUGCGAUGCAGUACCUACAAUUAAAGAUGUUUCCGAAUCUGAAAAUGUUAUAAAUCAAGAUGAAGAUAAACAGGAUCUUGGAGAAGAUAGGAAAAUUCCUAAAAUUCUCAGACGUUCCAGACCACUAGUAUCUAGUAAGAAACCUAAAAUCGACAACAAACCUAUGCCAUUAGCGAAAAAACGAGGAAAAUCUCGAAGACCAACCUCUAUCAAUCUUCCUAAACUUGCCCCCAUCAAUUUGGAAAAUCAAAUAGUAAAAAAACUACCUCUUCCAUCUACAACCAAUUGGAAGAUUCAAAUUGGAGAUCAAUUGCAACCAAUUACGAUUAAUAAUGUUUCUUCAAAUAUUUCGAAUAAUCAGACGAACAUUAAGAAGAUUAUAGUGCCGUUUACUGGAGAUAUAUCAUCCCUUGGUGCUCCGAUACCAGUUAAUAGUUUAUCAAGUAUUCCUCCAGGAUUAUUAAUUAAGAUAAAAUUACCAGAACAAGAACAACAACAAUUACAACAACAGCAAAAAACAUCCAAAGUAAAAAAACAAAGCAAAACGAAAAAAUUAGUGAAGAGUUCAAAUGAACAAAAAAUUUGUGUAAAAAAUAACGGCCAAACUUCUGUUACGUUACAAAAUACGAAACAAAAUGUAGAUAAAAAUGUAAUGAAGCUUUUAUCUUCAGAACCUGUAGAAGAUGAUUCAGAUUCUAUUGAAAUACAUGACGUAAAACUUUUUCCAGAAUCAUUGGAAAGCGAAGAUAAAGAACAGGUAAAGGAAAAAAAAUCUUUUCAAGAGUUGGGGAACGAAAUGCUGGUAAAGAAAAUUUCAAUGAAAACAAAAAGAAUAAAGAGACAGAAAAGAAUUACGGGUACUAUGAGAAGAACUAUGUUUCCUAUUAGAAAUGAGAUCGAAUAUUUCAUGAGAAAAAUAUCACCGCUGAUACGUCGAUUACCAACACAAACUAGAGCGACGGUGAAAUUAUCAAUUGUUAACAUGGUGAUUGAUCAGCUCUAAAGUUGAUACGAAAAUAUAUUUUUAAAUCAGAACUUUUUCAUAAUUUUAUCGAUUAGAA